CCACAGCCUCCAGACGCACGUCACACUACCGCUACCAGACCGCCGCUACCGGAGAGACGCCGUCAUCCGACCACCGACUGCAGCCUCUUACCUCACAACCACUUGAAAAAAAAUAAUCUGUUCACACCUCCGACUGUUCGUCUCCUUUCUCGGUCCGGCGUAAAGAGUGUUGCAGCACCCCGCACCCCACCGUGACAGAAAUCACAAAUUCCCACGUACAGCAGAAAUCAACCACGCCUUUGCGCAACUUCUGUACAGAAAAUUCUUGUGUUCAAGAGUGGCAUUUGGAAUGAUAAAGACUUUGGUCCAUCCUUGCAAAGCAUUGCAAUUCCCUGUGGGAAAGAUUCAAGGGCCUAAGCAAUUAAGGUCCAAAGAACCUAAGAUGGAGCUCACUCUAGCACAACCUGAUGACUGGCAUCUUCACCUUCGCGAUGGUGAUCUUCUUGAAGCUGUUGUCUCUCACAGCGCAAGUCACUUUGGAAGGGCGAUAGUGAUGCCAAAUCUGAAUCCCCCCAUCACAACCACAGCUGCUGCUGUGGCUUAUCGAGAAUCAAUCUUGAAACUUCUGCCUGCCAAUAGCAACUUCACUCCGCUUAUGACACUUUAUUUGACAGAUACGACAAGUCCAAUAGAGAUCAAGCUUGCAAGAAGAAGUGGGGCUGUUUUUGCUGUGAAGUUGUACCCUGCUGGUGCUACAACAAAUUCUCAAGAUGGAGUUACGGAUCUUUUUGGGAGAUGCCUACCUGUCCUUGAGGAGAUGGUUGAACAGAAUAUGCCUUUGUUGGUUCAUGGGGAGGUUACAAAUCCUGAUGUUGACAUAUUUGAUCGUGAGAAGGUCUUCAUUGAAACUGUUUUAGAACCUUUAGUCCAGAGGCUUCCGCAACUGAAGGUAGUGAUGGAACACAUCACCACCAUGGAUGCUGUUAGGUUUGUUGAGUCCUCCAAAGAAGGAUCUGUAGCUGCAACUGUUACCCCACAGCAUCUUCUUCUCAAUAGAAAUGCCCUCUUUCAAGGGGGAUUGCAGCCACAUAAUUACUGCCUUCCAGUACUCAAGAGGGAGAUCCACAGACAGGCUAUUGUUGCCGCUGUGACUAGUGGAAGUAAUAGAUUUUUCCUCGGAACUGAUAGUGCUCCUCAUGAGAGACGAAGAAAAGAGUGCCCUUGUGGAUGUGCUGGUAUAUUCAAUGCUCCAGUUGCCCUAUCACUAUAUGCAAAGGUCUUUGAAGAGGUAGGUGCGCUUGACAAGCUAGAGGCAUUUACAAGCUUCAAUGGACCAGACUUCUAUGGGCUUCCAAGAAGCACAUCAAAAAUAAAAAUGGUCAGGACUCCAUGGAAGGUACCGGAGUCUUUCUCCUUUUCAUUUGGAGAUAUCAUUCCAAUGUUUGCGGGCGAAACACUUGAAUGGCGGCCAUCCUCCAAUUGAUACAAAUUUGUACUACCAGACAAUGACUUUGGUACUUUCUUUGUCCCACAUUUAUCGUGCUAUGUCGAUAGACUGGUUUCAUGGAAUUCUUCAUUCACAUAAUGCUUCCACACUAAAAACUAGAAGUAGACCAAAUUCAAUCCUCAUUAAAGUUGUAAUGUGAUAUGCAGUUUAUCAUUAAAAACAAAACAAAAGUAACAAAGCGUUCUGAUCCUGUGUUUAGUUAUAUAAAUUGAUUUUAGUUAUCAAUUUCUGACACACUAUCUUUUAUCCUAUAGAAUUAAAAUGAUUAUAUUUUCUCAGGUUUUUUCAAAUAUUCAAUUAAAGUUCUCAAUUAGCAACUAUGUUGCUAUAAAGUUCAGCAUGUAGAAUCGAAUAUUUUGCAUCUACUUUCUAUGCUGUCUUUUGAUGCAAGUAUCCUCUUUCCAAGCCUGAUAUGGAUCAUUUAAAGCAUCUACUCUAGAGUUGAAAGAUAAUUGACAUUUUGGUGACUACUACAAGCUACCUAGUGAAUAGCCAUCUAUCUA